GCGCGNGACCCCGGCCGCGCCCGCCGCCCGCUCCCGCCGCCGGCAUGCUGCGCCCGCUGCUGCUCGCGGCCCUCUGCCUGGCCGGCCGGCUCGGAACCGCCCGCGGCUGCCAGCUGCCCUCUGAGUGGAGACCGCUGAGCGAGGGCUGCCGCGCCGAGCUGGCCGAGAUCAUCGUGUACGCCAAGGUGCUGGCGCUGCACCAGGAGGUGCACGGCCUGUACAACUACCUGCCGUGGCAGUACGAGGCCAGAGACGCGGGGCUCCUCUACUCCGCCGAGAUCGAGAUGCUGUGCGACCAGGCGUGGGGCAGCAUGCUCGAGGUGCCCGCGGGCUCCAGACUCAACCUCACGGGCCUGGGCUACUUCUCGUGUCACUCCCACACCGUGGUCCAGGACUACUCCUAUUUCUUCUUCCUCAGGAUGGAUGAAAAUUAUAAUCUCUUGCCCCACGGAGUCAAUUUCCAAGAUGCCAUCUUUCCAGACACCCAAGAGAACAGAAGGAUGUUUUCCAGCCUUUUCCAGUUUUCGAACUGUUCUCAAGGGCAGCAGCUGGCAACUUUUUCCAGUGACUGGGAGAUCCAGGAAGACAAUACGCUCAUGUGCUCAUCAGUGCAGAAGGCUCUGUUUGAGGAGGAGGACCAUGUCAAGAAACUGCAGCAGAAGGUGGCCACUCUGGAGAAGCGGAACAAACAGCUUCGGGAUCGGGUGAAGAAGGUCAAGAGGUCAUUGAGGCAGGCACGGAAGAAUGGUCGCCACCUGGAGCUGGUGAACCAGAAGCUCGGCGAGAAGUUAGCGGCUGCAGCAGGUGCCCUCCCACACAUUAAUGCCCUGGGGCAGGAGCCACCCGGUGCCACCUACCUGCGGGGGUAGCAAGGACUGAGUAGUGGCCUAGCCUGGCUCUGCUGGAACAUGUUGCCUCUUGCCAGGGAAUGUAAAAUGAUGGUAGGUUUUAAUGUGCACAUAGGGCAAAAACUCUUGUAGAUGUUUUUAAUAUGCAUUUGAUAGUGUCUAGUUACUUGAAGGGGCAAAUCUUGCUAAUUUUCCUAGUUGCUGGGCUCCUUCCCUUCUCAGCCUCGCUCCCAGACUUAAGUGCUUGCAAGUCUGGAGGCAGCAUGAUCCUGGAAUGUCAGGUGCUUGCCUAGGGCCUGUCUCCAGCUUUCAGGAGCACAAUGGACAGUGUACUUACUGUGGAAAAAAUAUUUUAGAAUCUCUAGAUGUACAAGAAACAAGGGGUUCAGCCUUAUUUCAGAGGAGAGGCAGUGCUAUCUCCAGCUCUGAACUCCAGGACCAUGAUUAGUUUUAAGAAGGGAUCUGCAACAAGUCUUGGAACCUUUGGUGUCGCAUUUGCCACAUUUUCGGUGGGAGGAUGGCAGCCUUGCAGAGCACCCAAGGAUGCCUGCCAAUAACCAUGUGCAUGGUGGUGUCUCUACUCCAGCCAGCAUUUCCUCACAGCUGAAGCAUAGCUCAUAACAGGUAGUACACUGAGUUGGGGGGGUAGUGCAUGGCAGCAGGUAACUGAACAAGAUGAACUCUACCCAAUUUCCAACACCAGUUACCCGGAGCUAAAGAGGAUACCUAUGCGUCAUUUUAAUCUAAACGGGACUUGCCUUUGUGGACUGGUCAUGUUUUAUCAAACCGCGCUCCUGAGUUUGGGAGAGCCUGAGCAAGAUCUCAGCCCCUACUGAAGGCAAACUUACUGUUUGCUCGUUAACUCCUUCCAGCUGCUCUGAAUUUGAGGUGAGUUGACUCAGUACACUAUUAACUUCUGUUCUGCAAAGAUAUCUCCUUACCUAUUGGAAUCAAGUGACCUUGCCUCAUUCCCAUCCAAGCACCCAAAGAGCUUGUUCCAGGCAGGUCUACAGAGGCUUGAUGCAAGCAUUUUCACCACCGAAGUAAAUUGGCUGUAAGGCAAUUUUGCUGUCAGAAAAUGAUUGUCAAUAGAGAAAUGAAACCAAACUACAUUCCCAUUUUUAUAUUACAUGAGUCUUAGCCCUCCUAGUGGUCUGUGACCAGUAUACAUGGUAGUCUUAAAACAGUGGAUGAUAACUCCAUAUAUCAACCUGAUAGAAAAUACAGUAUACAAACUGGAAGUGUGAAAUAAGACUAUAAGGCCAGAUUGCAAACCAUACUGUAAUACAAAAUGGUAGUUUAUCAGUUAUAACUCAGAAAUGCAUUACAGCUUUUCUUUUGCAUGUCCCAUAGAACUUUUGAACAUCUAUCAACAGACAUGCAUCAUUUUGCUAAGAAUGAACAGUAAUGUAGAAAGCUUUCACAAUGUAAUACAAAGCUCAGUUAAAAAUACGCAUUCUAGGAUGUGGAAAACGGAUACUUCUCUUAAAAAGGACAUAAUGAAGAGAUUAGUGAAGUCCCUCUUUUUUUGUU